AUGUCUUAUUUCUUCUUUUCAGAUGCCAGUGCCAAAGAGUCCACGGAAAUAAAAAUUUUCGAUCCAAACUUGAAGAUGUCUGACCAGGAAAUGCUUGAUUUGUUAAAAGAGGUGGACCUUGAGAAUCAUGGUUACAAGAAAGAGGAAACAGCGAAGCUAGUGAGCCAGCCUGAAUCGGAAACAACACUCUACGAGAAAUCGUUUCUUUUCUAUAAGGAAAUUAACUGCUCGCGACUGAGGGAAAUCGACCAAGAACUAGAGAGCUUACUCCCAGGUAAAGUAAACUCAGUUUAUUGUUUUCGCUCUUAAAAAAGAAAACGUGAAAUAAAUCAAAAUCGUAUGUAGUCUUCAAGUAGUUCCUAUUCUCUUCAUGAAAAGUAGUGAGAGUGAAAAACGCCAGCAUGCGUGAAAACGUCUCAUCUCCGACUCCGAGUCGAUCCGCGUGUCAUCUGCCUCAUGCGUUUUGCUCGCUCUACCAUGCCUUAGGAAAGCGAGCAAAUUCUCGUAGUUUCAACCCUUCUUUCCUCUGUUUUAGGCCUUUUUGGGUCGGAGUUGGUUACAAAGAUCAACCAAGAGAUCAACACUAAGAAUUUAACGAAAGUGAAGCACUGUAAAGUUGGACUGGAGGUUCACUUUAAGGAAGCAGAGGGAUGCAUCGAUCCCAAAUCGCGCCGUCGUCGCAAGCGAGCAAGCCUAUGCUUCUUGUGCCUUUUUUGUUGGUCGACGAAGCUUUACAACUAA